AUGUCUUCCUUCUUCACUAUCCCAGCGUCGCAACGAAAGCGCAAGAGAGACGAGGCCAAUGUGGUUCCAUCAACAAAAAGAAGAAAUACAACUAAGACCAGUGCAAAGCCUCCGAGUAAAAAAUCCGCUACAGCUCGACGAGAUGAAUCUAUAUCAAGCAGCGGCUCAGAGGACGAGGUGAUUCGUAAAAGGGUUAACGAUGCAGAGGCAGUCUCGGAGAACGAAUCAGAAGAGGACGAUGAGACGGGGGCGGAGAGACGUCUACGAUUAGCGGAACAAUAUCUGGAGAAUAUAAAAGGGGAGGUAGACGAGGUUGGGUUUGACGCAGAAGAAAUUGACAAAGAUCUUAUUGCCGAACGAUUACAAGAAGACGCGGCCGAAAUCAAAGGUCGUCUUUACCGUCAUAUAGCCUCUACGCUCGAUUUCUCCUCUGCGACGGAGACCUCAUUUCGCACAACAUGCUUGAGCACAACCUCUAUAGCUACCUGUGCUCCCUUCGCAUAUACCGUCCACAAGGACCUUACCCUCACAAAAUGGGAGCUCCCCACCCCGCCCCCUCCUCUGCCCCCAAAUCGAAAACCCCCCAUAAAACCUCCACGCCCGGUCCGCCGUCGGCCAACGAAGCUCAUGACCACCAGGGGAGACAGGGGCAAGACUGGGGAUCCGAACUACCAACACCACACAGCCCCCAUACUCUGUGUCGCGGCUUCGGAUACUGGCAAAUUUGUUGCUACCGGGGGAGCAGACAAACGGCUUAUCAUCUGGUCCGCCGACAAACUCGAGCCGCUGCGUGUUUUUACACAGCACCGUGAUGCUGUCACCUCCUUGGCAUUUCGAAGAGGCACGAACCAGUUAUAUUCCAGUAGUGUCGACCGCACCGUCAAGAUAUGGGACGAAUUAGCUUAUGUGGAGACGUUGUUCGGGCACCAAGAGGAAGUGCUCGAUGUGGCAAGCCUGGCGCUCGAGCGGUGUAUAAGCGUUGGGGCUAGAGAUCGCACGGCUCGCUUGUGGAAGGUUGUUGAACAGACACAAUUGGUCUUCCGUGGCGGUGGCAGUUCGGAAAAGCGUCGACCGCGAAAUAAAGAUGGGGAGAUUGCGGGGCUGAGAAGCUAUGGCGAAGGAUCCAUCGACCGGGUCGCCCUUAUCGAUGAAGAGUCGUUCGUCACUGGAAGUGACAACGGCUCGAUAUCCCUUUGGACACUGCACAAGAAGAAGCCAAUAUUCACCAUUCCACUAGCACAUGGACUCGAUCCACCAAUGAAGCCGGAAGAGGCAUCUGCAGAAGCCGAGCCGGAUGCUAGGGUUCCGGAGCGACAGCCGAGAUGGAUCACAGCGCUGGCAACGGUCCCUUAUUCUGAUGUUGUUUUGAGCGGCAGCUGGGAUGGUCAGGUGAAGGUCUGGCGAGUAAGUCAAGAUAAGAAAAGGCUGGAGUCGAUGGGAGUCGUUGGAAAGGUUCAAGGCGCAGAUGAAGAUGAAAAGACGGCUGGUGUGGACGUACAGGGUGUCCAGGAGGAGAGAAAUGUGCGGGGCAUCGUUAAUGACCUCUCUGUUUUUGAGAGAGGAGAUAGAGGGAAAAACGGACUAUGUGUUGUCGCUGCACUGGGAACGGAGCAUCGACUGGGAAGAUGGAAAAAAGUCUAUGGCUCGAACAGACCUAUUGUUUUUGAGGUGCCUAAGAUAGUAACAAUUGCAGAGGCAGAGGCAGAGGCAAAGGAAGAGAAAAGAGGUUGGGAUGGGAAGGAGAUUGUGCAAAAAGAACCGCAGGAUGUAUAG